AUGAACGCCAGCACUACAGAAAAAGCUCCCAAGACCCCGAAGCCAACAGCCUCCGUGCCAAUUGUUCAAAAUAAACGCUGGCCCCCCAUGGCAAACCGAAAUGCCCUUCCCUACAAGCUCACGCAUAUCUCAAAGGAGAAACUUGCUCGUGAAGCCACCGCACCCGACCCCGACCUCCGCCGCUGCGUGGCUCACUUCCGCCUGCACUGCGGUUCCGUCACUUGGACCGAGAAUGACAUGAAGUCUCGCAUCAGUUCAUUUGAAUUCGAAGAUACCGACGAGGAAGACGAUGUGGAUGAAAUCGAAAAAGAAUUGCCUGUUCUCAAGAACAGAGCCCCUUCAAAUGAGACUCCAGCCGAAGUCGCCGAACAAAUAUCAUACAAAUCAAAAUCAGAGCCUGUCGCUGCUGCGGCUCCUCCAGCAUCACCACCAUCCCCUGAAAACUCCGAGCAUGGUUUUUUGGGAAAGGGUCGCAAUUGUCUUGAGGCGACCUCCAAACACCUAUGGACAGGGGGAUCUUGCAUGGUUUCCACAAUGGCGGGUUGA